CCGCUCAGCUGACUGCUGGGGGAGGAAGAGGAAAGAAGAUGGAAGGGAACAGGGACGAGGCAGAGAAAUGUAUAAACAUAGCGACGAAAGCCCUCGAAGCCGGAGACAAGGAGAAAGCGCUCAAGUUUCUCAACAAGGCGGAGAAACUCUUCCCAACCGCCAGAGCCAAAGCUUUGUUGGAUGCGUUAACAAAAAAUGGAAGCUCGGCAGGUAACGGCGCAUAUCGCAGGAGACCAGCAGAGCGCUCAGAAACUACCGGUGCUCAGCCAGAAGGAGAAAGCCAAGAACCUGGAGGAGGUGAAUCUUCCAAAGGGUUCACCAAAGAGCAGGUUGAAGGCGUGCAAAGAAUAAAGCGGUGUAAGGACUACUAUGAAGUGCUUAGUGUCAGCAAAGAAGCUAAUGAGGAUGAGCUGAAGAAAGCCUACAGGAAACUAGCGCUCAAGUUCCACCCAGAUAAAAAUCAUGCACCUGGAGCAACAGAGGCCUUUAAAAAGAUUGGAAAUGCAUAUGCAGUGCUGAGCAACGCAGACAAGAGACGGCAGUAUGACCUGACAGGAGGGGAGGAGCCGAGCAGCCCCAGUCACUCGCAUGGAGGAGGUUUUGACUUCCACAGGGGCUUCGAGGCAGACAUCACCCCUGAGGACCUCUUCAACAUGUUCUUUGGAGGCGGCUUCCCCUCCUCAAGCGCACACACUUUCACCAACGGCAGAACGAGCUACAGUCAUCAGACGGAUUACCGACAAGAGAGGACAGAAGAAAGAGGAGAUGGUGGUUUUUCAAUGUUUAUUCAGCUGAUGCCAAUCGUGGUCCUGAUUUUAGUGUCAAUACUGAGCCAGAUGAUGGUUUCCCCUCCACCCUACAGCCUUUACUCUCGGCCAUCCACGGGUCAGACCGUAAAAAGGCAGACAGAAAACCUGCGAGUCGACUACUACGUCACUAGAGAUUUCAAGUCAGAGUUUAAGGGCUCAGCACUGCAGCAAAUUGAGAAAAAUGUAGAAGACGACUAUGUAUCUAAUGUCAGAAAUAACUGUUGGAAGGAGAGACAGACAAAAACAGACCUGCUUUAUGCUGCUAAGGUUUACAGGGAUGACCGAAUGCGCAAGAAGGCAGAACUCAUGACCAUGGACAACUGCAGGGAGCUGGACAGACUAAAUAACCUGUUCAGAGGCGGAUGAGCCGCAUGAUUUUACAUCAUGUAAAUGUAUAUGAAUAGAUGUGUAUGUUCAUGUUUUUUUAAGAAAGAGUCUUUACACUAGGAGCAAAAACUUAAUGAAAUAACUUAGCUCUGUUGUGUAAGUUUUAAAAUGUCCCUGUCUUCAUACCCCCCCCCCCCCCCAAGCGCCAAGGUCUGUUCUUCCUCACUCCAGCCUGACCCCAGGAAUCGCCUUCUUACAUUGUACUGAACCAGUCUACACACACUGUAGAAAGCCCUUCUCCUUUUUUUUACUCUGCUUUUUUGUGUUUUGCUGAAAACAAGAAGGACAAGGACACUUGAUUGUAAAGGCAUGUGCUUUGAGUAGUGACAACCUGAGAGGCUUUCUGCACAAGCAAAAUAGCGUCUUAAGAACAACAAACAGCUUUUGGCAUCAUCUGCUUGUCAUAAAAACAUAAGACGCGAUAGAUUCAUCUGGAGGUGCCGUCCUUCAGCCAAACCCAUCUCUUCAAGAAACUAAAGAAAUAGGUAGAGAAACAGAAUGCUUGUUUUAGCUUCCUACUCACUCCCACGUGUCGCUGAAGAUCAGUGGAUCAUGAAGAAUUACCAGUGACUUCACUACUAGAGAACAUUUUAUAUUGUCCGCUCCAACACGUGAAGUUGGUUUGGGACUGAACAUGAGAGGACAGUGAAACUCAUAAAUGGUUGUACAUUUUCAUUUUUGAAUGUUUAAAGUUUAUGCAGUUAUUUAAGUAACUAUAGAAGAAAUGUUUUUCUUCAAUGCUCGCCUAAUCAUUUAAAUAAAGUCAAAUUGUUACCAUAGA